GCUGAUCGAUAAACUUGGAAUUACUCGAGAGUUAUUCAACGCUUGUUUAAGUGAAAGCAGACGUCAUGUUGAAUCAGAUGUCACUAACCAGCGAUGUGCAAGUGCUGAUUACACAACAAAGAAAUCACCUAUGUUUUUAAAAAGUGUAUUCUUCAAUUCCUCUUUCGAUUUAACUAAUUUAAAAACAGAUUCUACUAGUUGUAAAGUGUGCAAUUUUAUAUUGCGCAAGUUAAAUACAACACCAAUUAAACGAGAAUAUACACGUGCUUCUACUACAGAGUAUUCUACUUUUAGUAGUUUUAGUAGUAGUUUUAUGAGAAUGCCUCGAUAUGAUAGACGUUCUUCAACCAAUCCACUGAUGACUAUGUCAAAUAGUUCUCCGAAAUUAGACAAUUUAGCAUUUGGAUCAGUGUCUUUAACAGAUCGUGUUAUCAUCGGUCCACGUGGAGUUAAAUCGAAUGAUAUCUGUCGAACAUUCCCUGAUCUGAGAUUAUUUCAAUUUGGUAAUCCAUAUCAUGAAAAAUUGCAUGAUUUGUUGGCUGCAUAUAUUACUUAUAAACCUGAUGUUGGCUAUGUCCCAGGAAUGUCAUCACUGGCUGGAAUGCUUUUAAUUGUAUUGGAUAAUGUUUAUGAUGCAUUUGUAAUAUUUGCAAAUAUUUUAGCUAAACCAUGUCAGCAAGCAUUUUAUAGCUUAAAUGAAGAAAAGUUUUUAGUCUACGUGAAUGCUUUUGAUAAAUUAUUUGCUGAAUAUCUGCCUCAUUUGUAUGCACACAUUAAAGCAGUUGGAUUUGAGACAAAUAUGUUUCUAUUCGAUUGGUUUUUUACUAUAUUUAGG